AUGAUUGUCUCGGUUUGCCCAUCCCAGUCGAUGCCUUCUGGCUCCAGCAUCGACUCAACAGAACGGAGCCCGCAUAUCUAUACCUCCAGGCCUAAAAUCCUCCACCAAAACGACGGCGGCCCUGUCGUCGCCUUGCCCGCUCCUUUCCCUGACCAUGACGAGACCCUAGAGCCGUUCGCUCUCAAGUGUAUAUUCGCUGGAAUAUUCGAGUGCGAUAAAUCAUUCGAAGACCCCGAGGACUGGAAACUUCACGUCACCGGCCAUCUCAUGUCACAUUCUCCUCCGAGCAAAGUCAGCUGCAUAGUAUGCAAGCAGGUCUUCUCAAAUCCGCAGAACCAGCCUCUUCAGCUACAACUGGAAAUGCCGAAUCAGCAUCACCUUCAACACCAACAACAGCCUGUGGGAGGAGAGGCAUGGCAGAACAUGCUAGAUCAUAUCCUUGCUGAACAUCCACGAUGGGGAGCCGGUGGCCAGGUGGAGCCGUGUCCUGACUUUGAUCUCAUGCGCCAUAUGUAUUGCAUGGGUAUCAUAUCCACGGAGCAGUUCAAGCUGCUGCAGCUCACGAGAGAGACACCGCCGCAUCUCCCACAGAACGGCUCGGCUGCAGAGCCGUAUUUCAUCCAGACCAGCUCACGACGGGAGCGUAGACAGAGACGACCACGCCUUUCAAAUGCCGGCUCGAGGUCGAAGAUCCAUCUAUGA